AUGCUGUGCCUGCUACUGACCGAGGGGCUUGUAUCCAGAACUGCCUGUGGCCCCCAGAAGACUGUCAGAAAGAGAUCAACAGGCCGUGAUUGCCAUCUGUGUCAGGACGAGGAGCAGUUCCCCCUGGUGCAGGGUGUGGCCAAACUCUAUCAAGAAUUCACAGUUCUCUUGGAUGUAACAGGAGCCUGCCCUUGUGGGUCCUCAGCCUGCUUCAUGGAGCUCCAGCAGGAGUUUUUCAACAAUCAUCCCAGGAAACUGAAGGAAUUGAUCCUCUUGGUAAAGCACUGGUAUCAACAGUGCCAAAAAAAGCUGGAGGAUCCAUCCCAGCUGCCCCAGUAUGCUCUGGAGCUGCUUACAGUAUAUGCCUGGGAACAGGGGUGCGGGCAGGAGGAUUUUGAUAUAGAGGAAGGCAUCAGAUCUGUUCUGGGACUGAUCAGGCAGCAUGAACAAUUGUGUGUCUACUGGACAGUCAACUACAACUUUGAGAAUGAGACCGUGAGGAACGUCCUGCUGUCCCAGGUCCGGGCAUUGAGGCCAGUAAUCUUGGAUCCAACUGACCCAAAGAAUAAUGUGAGUGGAGAUAAAAAGUGCUGGCACCUACUAGACAUCAAUGCUCAAAUCUGGUUGUCUUCUCUCUGCCUGGCUGAUGGGUCACCUGGACCGUCCUGGAAUGUUCUGCCAGCACCACUCUGUGCAACUCCGGGCCAUCUUCUGGAUAAGUUCAUCAGAGACUUUCUCCAACCCAGCAAAGAUUUCCUGGAUCAGAUCAAGACAGCUGUUGACAUCAUCUGUAAAUUCCUUACAAAUAAGUGUUUUCAACAUUCAGAAGAUCAGAUCAAGAUUCAGAAGAUCAUCAAGGGGGGCUCAACAGCCAAAGGUACAGCUCUGAAGAGUGGCUCUGACGCCGACCUCAUCGUGUUCCCUGACUUGAUGAAAGGCUUUCCCUGCCAAAAACACAAACGAAGUGAAAUCAUCAGGGAAAUCCAUAAGCAGCUGGAAGCCUGUCAGCAGGAGGAGAAGUUUGAAGUGAAGGUUGAGAUUUCCAAGUGGGAGGCUCCCAGGGUGCUAAGCUUCUCUCUGAAAUCUAAAAAGUUCAAUGCAGAGCUGCAGGAAAGCGUUGAGUUUGAUGUGCUGCCUGCCUUUAAUGUUCUAGGUCAUUGGGUCUCUGGCUCCAUCCCCAGCCCCAGUGCCUACGCUGAGCUCAUCCGUCUAUACGAAUCCCCAGACUACGUGGAAGGGGAGUUCUCCACCUGCUUCACAGAGCUGCAACGAGAUUUCAUUGGCUCCCGUCCGACCAAGCUGAAGAGUUUAAUUCGCCUGGUGAAGCACUGGUACAAACAGGGUGCAAGGAAACUAAAGAAAAGGGGAUCUCUGCCCCCAAAGUAUGCCUUGGAGCUGCUGACCAUUUAUGCCUGGGAGCAGGGGAGCGGAGCGCAGGAUUUUGACACCGCUGAAGGGUUCCGGACAGUCCUAGAACUGGUCACAAAAUAUCAGCAGCUCUGUGUCUUCUGGACAGUCAACUAUAACUUCAAGGACGUGACUGUGCGGAACUUCCUACUGGCCCAACUCCAGAAAACCAGGCCCGUGAUUUUGGACCCAGCUGAUCCGACUGGUGAUGUGGGUGGAGGACAUCGCUGGAACUGGCACCUGUUUGCCCAAGAAGCUAAAGCAUGGUUGUCAUCUCUCUGCUUCAGAGAUGGAAGUGGAUCUCCAAUAAAACCAUGGGAAGUUCCGACAGUGCAGACACUGGGAAGUUGUGGAGCCAGAAUAUAUCCUAUUGAAUUCUCAUCCAGAAGUCAUAGAAUCCUGGAAUAA